CUGUCAGCCAAUCAGAGGAUUGGAGGGGGGCUUUGCGAGAGGCGGCUCGCGGGAAACAGACGGGAAGCAGUUCAUUUCUUGCCGCGAAAACAAACACUCAGAGCAGCUUUUUUUUUAGUUAUUAAACUCUACUUUUCUUUCGUACCGUUGUAUAGACCGACCUGCUUCAGUAUGUCUGGCUUUGACGACCCGGGAGUGUACUACAGUGACAGCUUCGGGGGUGGAGAGGGCCCCGGCGCGGAUGAAGGUGGUCAGAAGAGGAUCCAGAUCAAGAAGCGGUUCCGUGAGUUCCUCCGGCAAUUCAGAGUGGGGACCGACCGCACCGGCUUCACAUAUAAAUACAGAGAUGAACUAAAGAGACGCUACACCCUCGGGGAGUACUGGGUGGAGGUGGAGAUGGAAGACCUCGCCAGCUUUGACGAGGAUUUGUCGGACUGUCUCUACAAGCUACCUACCGAGAACCUGCCACUGCUGGAGGAAGCUGCAAAGGAGGUAUCUGAUGAAGUGACCCGUCCCCGGCCUGUAGGGGAGGAGACAGUGCAGGACAUCCAGGUCAUGCUGAAGAGUGAUGCGCAUCAUGCGUCUGUUCGCAGCCUCAAGUCUGAGCAGGUGUCUCGGCUGGUGAAGGUUCACGGCAUCAUCAUCUCAGCCACAGCGGUGAGGGCAAAGGCCACCAAGGUGUGCCUGCAGUGUCGCGGCUGCCGCUCAGUCAUCAACAACAUCCCUCUGCCUCCAGGCCUGCAGGGUUAUGCUCUGCCGCGCAAGUGCAACACUGAGAAUGCUGGCAGGGUGAAGUGUCCCGUAGACCCCUACUUCAUCAUCCCAGACCGCUGCGUUUGUGUUGACUUCCAGACUCUCCGCCUGCAGGAAUCUCCAGAUGCUGUGCCUCAUGGAGAGAUGCCACGUCACCUACAGCUCUACUGUGAUAGGUAUCUGUGUGACCGUGUGGUCCCAGGCAACAGGGUGACCAUCAUGGGUAUCUACUCCAUCAAGAAAAUGGCUGCUGCAAAGGCCAAAGGCAAAGAGAAAGGCGUUGGUGUGGGCAUUCGUGCGUCCUACCUGCGAGUGGUCGGCCUCCAGUUGGACACAGAAGGAGCAGGCCGUGGUGCUACUGGAUCAGUUUCUCCGCAGGAAGAGGAGGAACUGAGAGCACUGUCUGCUACUCCUAAUGUCUACGACUCUUUGGCACGCUCCGUCGCUCCCUCCAUCUACGGGAGUGAUGAUCUGAAAAAGGCCAUCACCUGUCUGCUGUUUGGAGGUUCAAGGAAAAGGCUGCCUGAUGGUCUCACUCGUAGGGGCGACAUCAACCUGCUGAUGCUGGGAGAUCCUGGUACAGCCAAGUCUCAGCUGCUCAAGUUCGUGGAGAGAUGCUCACCUAUUGGGGUUUACACCUCAGGUAAGGGCAGCAGUGCAGCUGGUCUGACAGCCUCUGUGCUGAGGGACCCCAACACUCGUGGAUUCAUCAUGGAGGGGGGAGCCAUGGUGCUGGCUGAUGGUGGAGUUGUAUGCAUUGAUGAGUUUGACAAGAUGAGAGAGGAUGACAGAGUGGCCAUCCAUGAGGCCAUGGAGCAACAGACUAUCUCCAUCGCUAAGGCUGGUAUCACCACCACCCUGAACUCCCGCUGCUCAGUCCUGGCUGCAGCCAACUCUGUGUUUGGCCGCUGGGACGACACAAAGGGGGAGGACAACAUCGACUUCAUGCCCACCAUCUUGUCCCGUUUUGACAUGAUCUUCAUCAUCAAAGACCAGCAUGACCAGCAGAGAGACAUGACUCUGGCUCGUCACGUGAUGAAUGUUCACCUGAGUGCUCAGACACAGACCGAGGGUGUUGAGGGCGAGAUCCCACUGGCCACCUUUAAGAAAUACAUUGCCUAUGGCAGAGCCAAAUGCGGCCCUCGACUCUCUGCGGCGGCGGCUGAGAAGCUGAAAAACAGAUACAUAGUGAUGAGGAGCGGUGCAAGGGAGCAUGAAAGGGAGAGCGACAAAAGACCCUCCAUCCCUAUCACUGUCAGGCAGCUGGAGGCGGUUGUGCGUAUCGCAGAGUCCCUGGCUAAGAUGAAGUUGCAGGCUGUGGCUGGAGAAGAAGAGGUUGAUGAGGCCCUCAGACUCUUCCAGGUUUCCACACUGGACGCUGCACUGUCUGGCAGCCUUUCAGGAGUGGAGGGCUUCACUUCUCAGGAGGACCAAGAAAUGAUCUCGCGUGUCGAGAAACAGCUGAAGAGACGCUUUGCUAUCGGCUCCCAGGUGUCCGAGCACAGCAUCGUCCAAGACUUUACCAAACAGAAGUACCCAGAGCACGCCAUCUACAAAGUCCUGCACCUGAUGUUGAGGAGGGGUGAGCUUCAGCACCGCAUGCAAAGGAAAGUGCUCUACAGAGUCAAGUAGAGCAAACUGCUGCUCAAAUACAUAUCCAUGCUGUUGCUGAUGUAAAUAGUUUUGGUCUGGCUAUUUGUGCUACUCUGUGUUUACCAAUAAUUUCUGAUCUCAGUCAUGGUGAAAGCUGUUGCUUUCAAACCUCGGGACUGAUUCAGUUGGAUCUGGAUUCAUGGCAGCAACCGUCUGAUUUCUGAUCAGGCUGAAAAACAAUGAAAAAAUGUUUUGGAUAAAGCUAUUUAGCUGUUAAUGAUGUUUUGUAUCAAUAUAAAGAUGUUAUCAAGUGUCUGCAUACUCAGUAAAAAUAAAGAAUUAAAGUAUUUGAAAUAAUAA